GAACAACAAAAUGUCGAAGUUUGUGGUAGCAGGUUCUGCCGAUUGUCCAUAUUACGCUAAGGCUGAGCUAUUAGCAGACGAUCUGAAGACCAAUUUACCCGAUUUUAAAAUCCACAAGAUAGUGAAAAAUCCUGAUGAAUGGAAGAAUUGGUUGGAAGAAACAUGUUCGAAACACGGCUGGAUGCACAACAAAUCCCCAAUAGUAUGGAGAGAAUUGGUCGACCGUGGAGGCAAGGGUGUGCUUAUUGGUGGUGCCAAUGAAUUCCAAGAGUAUGCACUGGGUUAUUAUGGAGUCAAAUCUAAGAUGGUUAGUGAUGAUAUGAAGAAAGUCAGCACGGAGAACCUGGAAACAAAAAUUAUUGUUACUGCAGAGGAAGAAUACAAGAAAAGCUUAAGUAAACCACUACAUGUGUGUAUCACAGAUGCUGCUAGCAGUGCUGCUUACUAUAUGGUGCAUGCUAUCGCACGUGGUGAUGUAUUUGGGAAAGAUACCGAAGUAUCGCUUAGGCUGCUGAGUGAAGAUUCUGGGGUUACGGAUGAGUUGGAAGGUGUAAAAAUGGAAGCAGUGGAUUUGGCAUGUCCACUAUUGAAGGAUGUAAGAGUGGAAACCGAUAUAAAACAAGCAUUCACUAAUGUGGGUGUUGUAAUUAUGAUCGAUGAAAUUGAAAAGAAGGAGGACAUGGACUCAAAAGAUUGGCUCAAGAAAAACGCUGAUUUCUUCAAGUCGCGUGGUACGGUUCUAGAUGAAGUGGCGAGUGGGGAUGUUAAAGUUGUUGUUGCAGGACAUGGACCAGUCAAUUUUAAUACAUACAUUCUCAGUCACUCUGCUCCUUCAAUUCCACGACAAAACUUUGUAGCACAAGCAAGGUUGCGAGAAAACUAUGCUAAGGCAGUAGUCGCGAAAAAACUUGCAGUCAACUCAGCUGGCAUAGUUGACUUGAUUGUAUGGGGAAAUGCCAAUGGCACAACAUACACUGAUGUGACCCGGUCACGUGUGCAUGGCUAUGACGGAGCAAUCUGGGGACCACCUACAUUUAAUAGACCUGUGAUGGAAAUGGUGCAUGAUAAUAAAUGGCUAGAGACAGAGUUUUUGGAUUUGGUCAAAGCUCGUAAAGAAACUGUGGAAGGUACACUGGGUCAUAAUACGUCCAUGUCGAAUGCAGCAGCCAUAACAACACUACUCCAUGAUUGGUGGAAUGGUUCUCCUCCAGGUCGCAUUUAUUCUCUUGGUGUUGUCUCUGAUGGCUGGUAUUAUGAUCUUCCUGAAGGCAUUGUGUUCUCACUUCCUGUGAAAUUCCAGAAGGGAAUUUGGGAAGUAGUCCAAGAUCUAGAACUGGAUGAAAAUGUCAAAAGCAAACUCCAAGAAAUUAGCCUUGAGUUGAAAAAGGAACUGCAUGUCAUGUUCCCUCCUCCAUUCACCUCCACCCCACCGCCAUCUGAGGAAGAGAGUGAAAACGAUGACGAGAAAUUGAAGAAAGUCUUUGGCCAAGAUGGAGAAACUGAUGAAAUAGUGCCAUCAGAUGGUGAAGCCAAGACAGAAGAGGAACUUAACGCUGAGCGGCAACUUGGAACGAUAAAGGAAGAAGUGGAGCCUGAAAUAACAGACGCAGAAAAAAGUCUUAUAGCUACAACCGACACUGAACAACCCAGCUCUACAGAACCGCCACCGCCACCAGCAUCGCAAACAGAAUAAAUCUAUUGUAUCAUUCAGUCACUGAAAAUAUCUAUGGUGUAAUAAUGUGUUUGUGCAACUUGUACCGGAUAUCUAUCUCAUUUGACUAAUUAACUGAAACAACACUUGUUUGUAUUGUGUUAUCUUUCAUAACUGAUGAUUGUACACUAAUUAUAAGUUAAUUGUCACAUUAGAAUAUCAACUGCAGAGUGUUAUAGCUAAAUACUAGUAGGCUUGCCAAGCCAACGUGUAAAUUGUCAUUACCAAAUUGUCAUUAUUGUAGAAUAGUUUAAGGGUUUUUUCUUCACUAAUUCCUGAUUUACCCAUGUGUAUAUAAACAUAAUCACUCGUAUAUAUUCUGUGUUAUUCAGUGGAUUUCAAUAAAACUUUACAUAUGACU